AUGGCCGGCCAAUCGAAACCCGCGCUCUCCCCUUGGGGUAGCGCUGUCGCAGGUGCAACUGGUGCCGUUCUCGCCAAUGCCAUCGUCUAUCCACUGGACCUUGUCAAAACCAAACUUCAAGUCCAAGUGAAGAACACACCUGAAUCGAAAAGCGGAGAUGCAGAACAUUACGAGUCGACCCUAGAUGCCAUCAACAAAAUCAUGGAAAAAGAGGGGAUUGAAGGGUUAUAUUCCGGGAUGGUUGGUUCUUUGCUUGGUGUUGCUUCAACCAACUUUGCGUACUUCUACUGGUACAGCGUGGUUAGAAGCCUUUAUAUGGCAUCGAAGAGCGUAUCUAAGCCACCGGGAACCGCUAUGGAGCUUACCCUUGGUGCUGUGUCGGGGGCUAUCGCUCAGAUCUUCACUAUUCCAGUUGCUGUUAUCACAACCAGACAGCAGACACAGCCAAAGAGCGAGAAGAAGGGUCUGAUCGAGACUGGUAAGGAGGUUGUCAAUAGCGAAGAUGGCUGGUCGGGUCUAUGGAGAGGUCUCAAGGCCAGUUUGAUACUGGUUGUCAACCCGGCAAUUACCUACGGUGCCUAUCAACGUCUGAAGGAGGUACUUUUCAAAGGAAGGAACAAUCUGAAGCCCUGGGAGGCUUUCCUCCUGGGUGCUCUUUCCAAGGCAAUGGCCACAAUUGCAACCCAGCCAUUGAUCGUGGCCAAGGUUGGCCUUCAGUCGCGGCCACCCCCUGGUCGCGAAGGCAAGCCCUUCAAGACCUUUGGUGAGGUUAUGCGAUAUAUCAUUCAGAAUGAGGGCGCGCUGUCCCUCUUUAAGGGUAUUGGGCCUCAGAUCUUGAAGGGUCUGUUGGUGCAGGGCUUGUUGAUGAUGACAAAAGAGAGGAUGGAACUCAUUUUCAUCGUUCUUUUCGCAUAUUUGAAGAAUCUUAGACAGCAGAAACUAAAGAAGGUCGUCGAUACUGCUGCAGCUAACGCUAAAACCAGCCUUCCGGUGACCUUGAAAUAG